AUGGGCCGUUCGAAGAUUGGAACUUGGAGGAGGAUGAGAAAGGGACUAACAGAGAUUGAAUCUGAACUAACCUUGGAAGAUACUAAAGCGCGUGCCCACAGCCAAAGAACCGAAACUAUGAACUCGGCCGUCGACUUCAAUCCAGCUACAACCGGCCGCUUUCGACACAUUCCCCUCGGCCAGCUUCCUCCUCACCUCACGCGCCUCGUCCCACUUCCCCAUUUCCCCAUACAAAUUCGCCAAAAUCGCACCAUAACCCCCGUUACUCGGGUCCAUCUCGACCAGCUUCUCGACCGCAAGUUCUGCCACGUCAGCACGCCCGUGGAUCUUGCACCCCAACGAGCCCCAUAUGGCCUCGUCCGGUGGGACCCUCGUCGUCAUCAUCCCCUUCACGACCUCCAUAGCCUCCUCAAAUCUUCCUGCCCGCCCGAGCAGAUCGACCAAGCAUCCGUAAUGCUCAACAGCUGGCUCGAUUUCGUAUUUCUCCAUCAUCGUGUCGAAAUACAGACGGCCCUCAGAUACCAAACCCGCGUGGACACAAGCGCUCAAGAGCCCGACAAAAGUCACCCCGUCAGGCUUCGCUCCCUUUCCAAAUUCGAUCAUUUCGUUGAAAAUCGAAAUGGCUUCGUGGGACCCACCAUGCAAGGCGUAGCAAUUGAUCAAACAGUUCCACGAUGUGAGGUUCGGUUCGGCUAA